ACCGGGUCCCUGUCUGUCUCCAGGAGGCGUUGAGCAUAGCCAAGACCCAGGUGGAGAUGGGAGCCCAGGUGUUGGACAUCAACAUGGAUGAGGGGAUGCUGGAGGGUCCUGCCGCCAUGGCCCGGUUCUGCUGUCUCAUAGCCUCCGAGCCUGACAUCGCCAGGGUACCUCUGUGUAUAGACUCGUCGAACUUCGAGGUGAUCAAGGCGGGACUGAAGUGUUGUCAGGGGAAGUGUAUCGUGAACAGCAUCAGUCUGAAGGAAGGAGAGGAGGAGUUUCUCCAGAGAGCUACGACUGUCAGACGCUACGGGGCUGCCGUGGUUGUUAUGGCGUUCGACGAGGAGGGUCAGGCUACUGAGACGGAGCGCAAGGUCGAGAUCUGUAGCAGAGCCUAUCGUCUCCUGGUAACUCAAGUGGGCUUUGACCCCAACGACAUCAUCUUUGACCCCAACAUCCUGACCAUCGGCACGGGCAUGGAGGAACACGGCGAGUACGCCAUCAACUUCAUCCGAGCCACCAGGCUCAUCAAGGAGUUGUUGCCUGGGGCCAGGAUCAGUGGAGGCCUGUCCAACCUGUCCUUCUCCUUCAGAGGCAUGGAGGUCAUCAGAGAGGCCAUGCAUGGCGCCUUCCUCUAUCACGCCAUCAAGGACGGUAUGGACAUGGGCAUAGUGAACGCUGGCAGCCUGCCUGUCUAUGAUGAUAUUGACAAGGAGCUCCUGCUCAUGUGCGAGAAUCUCAUCUGGAACAAAGACCCGGAGGCCACAGAGAAACUGCUGCUGUACGCACAGAGCUGUGCCAAAGGAGGGAAGAAGGUGGUCCAGACGGAUGAGUGGCGAGAGGGAACUGUGGAGGAGAGGCUGGAGUAUGGGCUCAUCAAGGGUAUAGAUAAGUAUGUGGUAGAGGAUACAGAGGAGGCCAGGUCCCAGGCUGAGCUCUAUCCGAGGCCCCUACACGUCAUCGAGGGGCCCCUGAUGAACGGCAUGAAGGUGGUGGGGGACCUGUUUGGAGCUGGGAAGAUGUUCCUACCGUCAG